AUGGCGGUGAGGGAGGCUGGAGGGGGCGGAACCCUGCUGCUGUUGCUGCUGCUUUGUGACAUCAUCACAUCCCCGGGAUGGGCGGGUCCCCUGCAGACAGCGCGCGCCUCUCUCCUGCCCGGACGGCCUUUCCUGGUGCUGUGGGGCAUCCCCGAUGCCGCCUGCGUGGGGCGGCCUGACCCGGGCGCUUUCGGCAUGGAGAGGGAGGGCCGCGUCUCCAUCUUCCACGAGGACAAACUGGGGCUGUACCCCUACUAUGACGCGCAGAACCAGCCGGUGGCGGGCGGCCUGCCCCAGCACACCAGCCUGGACGUGCACCUGCGGAGGACAGAGGCUGACGUUGCGGCAGCGCUGCCCUCGGCUGACUUCCAGGGCCUGGCCGUGCUGUCCUGGGAGGAGUGGGCGCCCCAGUGGGGGCGGAACCGCGGCAAGCAGGAGAUCUACCAGCAGCAGUCCCGCAUGCUGCUCCGAGACUUCUUCCCUGACUGGAGCCCGGAGGAGGUCGACAAGUGGGCGCAGGUCGACUUUGAGGCGGCGGCCCAGUCCAUUAUGAUGGAGACGCUGCAGGAGGUGAAGAGGCUUCGCCCCCAGGCUCUGUGGGGCGUGUCGCCGUACCCCAACUGCUACAACUCUGGCCCCGCCCAGCGGUCCGCCAACUACACGGGCCGCUGCCCCGCCGCAGAGAUGGCCCUGAACGACGAGCUGCUGUGGCUAUGGAAACGCUCCUCCGCCAUCUACCCCGCCCUCCGAUUGGACAAGCUGCUGGGCGGCACUCCGGGGGCGCGGCUGUACGCCUCCAAUCAGAUUCGCGAGGCGCUGAGGGUGGCCUCCCUGGCCGGCCCUGCGUUAGACCUUCCCGUUUUCCCGCUGGUCAGAAGCGCGUAUACCUCCACCAACACCUACCUGUCUAAGGUUGAUCUGGUAAACACCAUAGGGGAAAGUGCAGCCAUGGGGACAGCUGGUGUCAUCAUCUGGGACAAGUUCUUCUCAGCUAAGACCCAGAAGGGAUGCUGGGAGCUGGCGGAGUUCGUGCGGGAGACGCUGGGCCCGUACGCGGUGAACGUGACGACGGCGGCGCGGCUCUGCAGCGCGGCGCUGUGUCAGGGGCGUGGCCGCUGCGUGCGCAGGAACCCCGAGGACCCCGCCUACCUGCACCUGUCGCCCGCCACCUUCCUGCUGCUGCCCGAGGGGCCUGACGGCCUGCAGGCCAUGGGCGAGCUGGCCCCUGACGACCUGGAGGCCUGGCGCAGGGACUUCCAGUGCCAGUGGUACGAGGCCCUGGAGGGCACGGCCGCUGACGAGGAGCGCUCUUCAGGGGGGCCAGCGGCAAGGUCAUGA